UCUCUGUGUGCGUGCGUGUGUGUUUUAUUUGCCGUUCUUCAUUUUCCCGAUAAAAGAGAAAGAAGCUUCUAUCUAUAUUCAUCGUCAGGAAAGAAGGGUCAUCUCAACACACAUGACUUCAGAUUUUGUACUACAAGUUCCUGAUGAGCUGGAGACAGCUCUGCAGUUGAAGACGGUGCAGUACUUGGUUGCACAGAGACCAUGGCUUGAUCUUUAUGGAGUUAAUGUUCGACCUGUUGCACCAUAUGGAAGUGCUAGUAGAAGUGUAAAUGUUGAUCCAGCGUUGAUACACCGUUGCUUGCCUGACGAGCUGCUCUUUGAGGUAUUUUCACGUAUGGCUCCAUAUGAUUUGGGAAGGGCAGCUUGUGUUUGUCGAAAAUGGAGAUACACUCUUCGUAACCCCAUAUUUUGGCGCAAUGCUUGCUUAAAGGCAUGGCAGCUGUCUGGAAUGGUUGAGAAUUAUAAAAUUUUGCAAUCAAAGUAUGAGAGCUCGUGGAGGAAAAUGUGGCUUUUGAGGCCAAGGAUCCGUACUGAUGGUCUCUAUGUCAGUAGGAACACCUAUAUUCAUGCUGGCGUGCGAGAGUGGACCGUCACCAAUCCAGUUCACUUGGUUUGCUAUUACCGUUACAUGAGAUUUUUUCCUUCUGGCAGGUUCCUUUACAAAACUUCUGGUCAAACAGUAAAAGAUGUUGUGAAAUACAUGAAUUUUCGUGCUUCUAAAACUGAUGUUUUUAAUGGCCGUCACACACUGACAGAUGACGAGAUUGAAGCCGCUUUCAUGUACCCUGGCUUGCCUCCCACCAUGUGGAGAGCCUGCUUGAGGUUGAGAGGAACAACAUUAGGUGCAAACAAUAGGAUGGAUAUACUCUCACUUUCUACAACUAAAGUCAACAGUGAUGGUGUAAUUGAGCCUGAGGAUGAUAUUUCACGGGUAUCUCACAAUAGGGGUCUUGCUCCUUUCACAUUUGUUCCAUUUGAAGAGGUGGAAGCAUCGGUCUUGAACCUGCCUGUGGAAAAGAUGGAUUAUUAUGUACCUGGGUAGCACCUGGACCUUUAUCAUUUGUAAAUAUGUAAAGAUGCCGAAAAGAUAUCUUUGUACCAGAUGGCGUUUUUUCCUUCUGUGUCCAUUUGAUGCUCUAAAAUUGUAUUUAUCAGCUGAAAUGCUUUGCGGUUUACCAAAUGUUGUUAUCUGUUUUGAUAAUGGACACAGAAUUAGAAGCAGCGCACAGACGCUUGACAGUUAAUUAUUUUUUUUCAGUCUCUUUAGAAAUGGUGAAAAAUGUUAGAAA